UCACUCUCCCCGGUAAGGGGAGCACCGCUGUCGGCCGCCCGCCGCUCUGUGGGGGAUACCGGGGUGCGGCGGGAGAGCCGCCGCCUCGGGAGCUGCCCGCUGCUCCUUGCGCUGCUCCAUCAAUGCUUCGUGCAGCGCGGGAGCAGCCGCGGCCUCUUGGGGGUGGCUUCCCAUCUCGGUGGAACUGUUGGGAGCUUCCUGCAUAUUGGAGCAGUUCCGUAGAGGGGAUGCUCUGCCGUGACGAGGAGCGUGGGUGCGGGAUUUGGCAUGUGGGCAGAGGGGAUGGCUGUGCUGGUUGGGAAGCCUUCCAGGGAAUGUGUGGGGUGGUUGAAGGAAAAGGAGAAGAGUGCAUUCUUGCUCCGGUCACGCAUCUGGGAGUGUGUAUUGGCCUGGUAUGCUUUGUGCGCAGGAGCUGGGGGAGAUGUGGUGCCGUCGUCGUGCUUGAAAAGAAGAGGGAGAUCUCCUUUAGCAUAGCCCGGAGCGAAGCAUUGUCUCUUCAGUGGUUUUGGAUCCUUCCCCUGGAAAGCAAAACACUUGUGCAAGCCAUUUAACAUCUUUGUAAAUACAGCCAGAACUUAGAAGUCUCACAGCUGACUGCCAAAAUACGGAAAUAUGGCUUGCCUGCAGACCCAGUUCGGCAUGGAUCCCAUUGCAUAUGCACAGUUGAAGAGGCAAGCUGGGAACCAGGAUUUUAAAAAUGGAAAUUACUCUUUGGCCAUCAAAAACUAUGAUGAAGCUCUACAAAUGCUUGGUUAUUUAAUGCAAUGGGUCCCGUGCUCACGGGACAUAACUGUGUUGUGCAACAAGUCAACUGUCUUGUAUUGCCUGGGCAAAUGGAAGGAUUCAAUAGUUUUAGCCCACCAAAGCUUACAGUGGGAUCCAGAGUAUGUUAAGGCUUAUUAUAGAGCUGGCCACUCAUUCAUCAUGUUAUCAGAGUCUUAUGAGGCAGUUUCUAUGUUCCAUCGAGAUGAACAAAUCUUGCCACCAAAUUUCCACCCUGUGUAUGAGUAUAUUUUCAGUGCACAUUUUGAUGCACUGAUUUGGCAAGCAGUGAUAGAGAGGCUGGCCCAGAGAGGGAAGUGGCAGUCUUGUCUGUUGUUGUUGUCUGAGAAGCAAGAAUUGCCCCAUAAUCUCAGAGUUUGCCAGGUAUCUCUGAAGAAUCUCUUUGAGACUUCUGAGUUGUGUGGUCAUGGUGAGAAGCUUCAGGAAGUAGCAGAGUUAGUGAAGUGGCUGAUGUCCAUUGGAGUGCAGGCUGAGUCCAUCGGACUGUAUCCGCUGCAUGCUGUUAUCAGACUGUGUAUCAAAGCAACAAAGAACCAUCUCUUCAGAUGGUUACUGACUUGAAGGCCAGAGCUGAAGGAUAGGAUUAACCAGAAAGACAGAGAUGGACAGACUCUGCUCCAUAUUGUGACCUCUUCCAGUGAAUAUGCACAGAAACGCAGACAGACAGAAGAUGUGAUCAUGCUCCUGAAUUUUGGUAUUGAUCCCACUGUUCCAGAUGCACGAUCAAGAUAUGUCAUAGAUAUCUUGAAAAAGAACAAAAAAUUUGAUGCUGUAAAAGAAGUCAGCAAGCACAUUGAGAAACACACUUCCUCUGGGAGACAGACAGGAGAGCGUGAAAGUACCACAGCUGAUACAGAUUCUUUACAGGAUGUUCUGGAACAGUUUGUCCAGUUCUACAGGUGUGAAAAUGGAGCACAAAACAAAAAUGUAUUGAAGGAAGAUGCAGUUAAACAGUUUCUCAAAUGGCUGUCUUCUCUGAAAGAAAUCCCUGAAGAAAUCUCAUGCAACAUCUCCAGUGCCUGUGCUAACAGCUUCGUAAAACAGUUGCUGGGGAACCAAAUGUGGCACAAAGUUUUGCAGCUCCUAACAAGGAAAGCCAGUGGGGAAAAUCCAUCAGGUGGAGAACUUUUCAAAACCUGUAGUCUUUCAGAUGUUGACAUUGGCAACAUUAUCCAACAGUGUGGAAGAUUGGAUGCGCAAGUGCGCCUCAUAAGAUGCUUUCUUGAAAGAGGAGCUCUGCCUGAUGGUAUUGGAACCAGCUCUGAAAUACCACUGAAAAUAUGUCUCAGAAAGAGUUAUUUUGAAGUGGCAUAUUUGCUGCUGACCAAAGGGGCAGACCCUCGAAUCUCUGUUGCACAAGGAGAUACUCCUUUGCAUGCUGCAGUUUUCAUCUAUUUAAAUAAUAAAGAUGGCACUGGUUUAAACAUCCUGAAGUAUCUACUUGACCUCUUUGCUUCAAGACCAUCUGACUUUCCAUAUCUUAAUCCAAACAUACAAGAUGACAAUGGAAAUACAGUGAUGCAUAUUGUUUUCCAGAGAGGAUUUUCAAAGCAGACGAGAGUAAUAUAGUUAUUGGCAAAAUUUGAUAUUAACUUUAGCAUAAAAAACAAAUCAGGAAAAGAUGUGAUGCAUAGAAUUAAAAAGAGAGAUCUACUGCUAGAAGCCUGGAAUAAUGCUGCACAGGAGAAGAAGAGGCACCGCCAAGAUAGAGCAGGGCAGCUAGUUAAAACAUCUAAACCCAUUCCAGGCUCUGAGAUUUCACAGUCAAAGAGCAUGGGGUGUUCUUCAUCUGGGUUCUCACUAAAGGCACCAUCUGGCAACACAGUGCAUAAUGAUUUAAAAACCCUGUGUUCUACAAAACCAAAAAGGGGUCAGCUGGCACAGCAGGAAACAGAAGGAAUAAACAACCCCUUAACAGCAGAAAGUCUAGUGCAGGCAAUCACAGCUUUAAUUCAGCAAUUGAAAGUGAGUGACACCCUGAAAAAGGAUCAUCCUCUGGUGCAAAGGCCAUCUUCAGCCCAGACUAAUUCAGAAGAGGGAAGGAGUUCCUUGCAACCUUGUGGAAGCAUAGCUCAUCCUGAAAGAAAAGGGGAUGAUUGGGAGAAAAAGAAGGGAACAGGGAAAUAGGCCCUGCCUAAUGGAGAGAAGGAAGAACUAGAGGAAGAAAUGGGAAAGAGUCUGGAUAUUGAGGCAUAUGUACAGGAGUUUGAUAACAUGACUUGGGAAAUAGAGUGCACUCCUGAAAUGCUAAAGACUUUGAGCAGUAAAGCUGUGCCUCAUUAUCUGAAAGCUAAAACCAUUAUGGCAAUUAAGUGGCUUGGCAAUGGGGAAUGGUCUAGGGGCCUCCAGAAGCCACUGAAACACUUGAAAGCUGAUAUCCAGCUGUAUGAAGACAAACUGGGCAAAGGUGCAAGAAUGUUAUGGGAACUUGCCAUUGACUUUUCUCCUCGUUGCAGUGAGAGUCCAGAAAAGAUCAUGGAGACAGAACAGACAAAAAGUCAUCUAGAAAAAUCAGGUAGAGUUUACACAGAAAUAAUUAGAAUUUGGGCCAUUGUUCUUGAUCACUAGUUGAACCAUGCCUUAGAAAAUAUAUGCAUUUCCUACAACCGUGGCUUAUCUUGCGUUUUGAGGAAAAAGCUCAAGGGUAUAAACGAAGGAUAUCAGAACCACAGUGUGACAACACAGAAGCGUGUUCCACGUUGUUACAUUGAAGACAUGGAGGUAGAAAAAUCAAAAGAACAUAGCAUGCCUGAGUAUUUCCCUCCAGCUAGUGCAGCAGAACUGGAAUACAAUAUAAUGAAGUUUCACAGCUUCAGUACUAACAUGGCACUUAACAUUAUAAAUGAUGCACAGUCUUCUGUUGAUUACCCUUUCUGAGUUGGGGAGUUGGAGUACGCAGUGAUUGACCUCAAUCCAAAGCCUAUGGAACCAAUCAUUUUAAUUGGGCGAAGUGGGACAGGGAAAACAACUUGCUGCUUAUAUAGGCUUUGGAAGAAAUUCUAUUCAUACUGGGAAAAAUCCACCUUGGCAGAUGGACCUCUGUUGGAGAGGCAGAUGUGGCGCCAGAGACAGUGCAGUGAGGUUGAAAAAACUAGUUCAGAGAAGGAAGACAGUGGACUAAAACAUGAGAGUGAUGAUUCAAGUGAGGAGCAGGUGAGUGAUGAGCAAAACCAGGACAGCGUGGAUGAAAAGAUUCCCAUGGACACAGCUGGUGCAGAAGUGAAUUCAUGUGACCAUGAAGAAGACCUAACGUGUAGUGCAGAAGCAUCAAACAGGCUGGAGCACCUGCACCAGAUCUUUGUAACAAAAAAUCAUGUCUUGUGCCGAGAAGUCCAGAAGAAUUUCAUUGAACUUAGCAAGUCUUCCAAGGUGACCAGUCACUUCAAGCCUCUGGACCCAAAUAUUCACAGGCUACAAGACAUUAAAAAUGAAAAUUUUCCACUGUUUGUCACUUCCAAGCAGUUGUUACUGGUACUAGAUGCAUCCAUGCCUGACCCAUUUUUUCCAAGAAAUGAAGAUGGAAGUCUUAGAAGAGUAAUUGUUGGUUGGAGUCCUCAGGAAGAUUUGGUUGUACCAAAUUGGCAGGAUGAGGAUGAAGAAGGCAAUCUUGAAGCAGAAGAGCGUGAUGAUGGAGGAGCUGCAGAUGCAUGCUCUAAGGAAAGUGAUCCUUGGACUUUUGUGACUUACAAUGUAUUUGCGAAUGAAAUAUGGCCAAAAAUUAUAAAAGGUAAAAGCUUGUACAAUCCAGCACUGGUUUGGAAAGAAAUAAAAUCAUUUCUGAAAGGCUCUUUUGAGGCACUGAGUUGCUUUGGGGGCAAGCUUACUGAGGAGCAGUACAAAAAGCUAGGCCAAAAGAGAUCACCAAAUUUCACGGAAGACAGGAGUGAGAUCUAUCACCUCUUCUGUCUUUAUCAGCAGAUACGAUCACAGAGAGGUUACUUUGAUGAAGAAAAUUUACUGUAUAAUUUAUCUCAAAGACUUUCAAAGCUCAGGGAGCUGCCAUGGUCUAUCCAUGUGUUUUAUGGAGAUGAAAUACAGGAUUUCACACAAGCUGAGCUAGCCAUAUUAAUGAAAUGCAUCAAUGACCCUAAUGCCAUGUUUCUAACCGAUGACACUGCCCAGAGCAUAAUGAAAGGAGUUGCUUUUCGUUUUAGUGACCUGAGGUCACUGUUUCAUUAUGCAAGCAAGAGCUCUAUGAACAAGAAGCAGCAUGUUAGGAAACCCAAACGGAUAUAUCAGUUGUACCAGAACUACAGGUCCCAUUUAGGUAUUCUCCAUUUAGCAUCUGGAGUGGUUGAUUUGCUUCAACAUUAUUUUCCAGAAUCUUUUGAUCGCCUUCCUCAGGACCGUGGUCUCUUUGAUGGGCCAAAACCUACUGUCUUGGAAUCCUGCAGUGUUAGUGACCUAGCAAUUCUGCUGAGGGGCAACAAAAGGAAAAUGCAACCCAUAGAAUUUGGAGCACAUCAGGUGGUAUUAGUGACAAAUGAAACUGCAAAGGAGAAGAUACCUGAGAAACUUAGUUUGGCACUUGUACUGACAAUUUAUGAAGCAAAGGGCUUGGAAUUUGAUGAUGUUCUUUACAACUUUUUCACAGAUUCAGAGGCUAGCAAAGAAUGGAAGAUAAUUUCUUCUUAUAGUCCUGAUCUGGAAGUGCGUGAGAAGCGCUUAGAGGAUGCCACUGGUAUGCAGGAAAGGACUCCAUUUAAUGUAGAAAUGUACAAGUUGCUGAAUGGAGAACUCAAGCAAUUGUAUACUGCAAUUACAAGAGCUAGAGUCAAUCUUUGGAUCUUUGAUGAAGACUGUGAUAAACAGGCUCCAGCUCUUAAAUAUUUCAUCAAAAGAAAAUUUGUUAAAGUUGUCAAAACAGACAAGAAGAAAGACUUAGAUGACAGCAUGUUUGCUAAAACUUCAACUCCAGAAGAAUGGAUUGCACAGGGAGACUAUUAUGCCAGACACCAGUUCUGGGAGGUGGCUGCCAAAUGUUAUCAAAAGGGAGGAGCAACUGAGAAGUCAAAACUGGCCCUGACACACGAUGCUGUUCUCAAAGUGCGCGCAAAGAAAAGCAACCCAAGGGUAAAACAGAUGGAAUAUAUGACAUUGGCUAAAAGUUACUUGGAAUGUGGAGAACCAAAACUACCAUUAAAAUGUCAUUCAAAGGAGUUCCGUCUUUUUGCAGAAUUGUGUAAAAAAUUAGGAAAGAUGAAAGAUGCUGCAGUUUAAUAUCAGAAAAGCCAGUGCUACAAAGAAGCAUCUGAAUGUUAUGAACUAAUUGAGGAGUUUGAUCUGGCCAUUAAAAUGUAUUGUCAGGAACAACUCUAUUAAGAAGCAGCAAAGGCAGUUGAAAGCAGCACUCCUAGCCAGAACAUCCUCUUCAUGGUAACACGUGGCUUAAUGGCUCUUCUGAGUCUUGUCAGCGGUCUGAAGAAAGCAGCCACCAAUGCAGAGAAAGAUAUGGUGAAGUUAUGCUUUGCCUAUUUUGGGGUUGUCCCAACAGGUGACAGUUACCAGGUGUCUCAAAAUGAAUGA